AUCCUGUUCUGGGGCCUGCGGGACCUGAAGAGGGUGAACUUGUUCGAGGUGAAUGAGCCCCAGGUGGUCAUUGAAUGUGCUGGCAAGAAGGUGGAGUCAGAAGUGAUUGUGACCUACAAGGAGAACCCCAACUUCACUGAGCUGGUCAAAUACAUGGAUGUGGAGCUCCCAGAGCAGGUAUACCUGCACCCUCCCCUCAGCAUCUUUGUGGUGGAACAGCGAGCAUUUGGGCGCACUGUGCUGGUGGGUAGUCAUGUUGUGUCCGACGUGAUGAAAUUCUCUCCCAGGGAGCUGGAGGAGGAACCAGAGGAUGUGACCAAAGCUCAGAAAGUCUCAUCCCACCGUCUUCCCUCUCAGACUGUGGUAAACAUUGGACUGGCAACUGGUGACCCAGGUCCCAGCACCAACCCCCUUAGUCUUGUGAAGGCUCCUUUGAAGAAAAUUCCUAUCAAUAAGCUUGUAAAGAAGGAAGAUGAAUAUGAAGAGGAAAAACCAGAGAUGGAAGAACUGGAUUGGUGGUCCAAGUACUAUGCAUCCCUGAAGGAGCUGUAUAACCAGACACGCAGUGAUGAGGAAGAUGCCGAGAAUGAUGACCUGAAUGAUGCAGAUGGAGGGAAUUUAAAUGCAGCCUACAUUGACAUGGAAGCAGAGGAUGAGGCAGUGAUUGAAGCUGAACCUGCUCGACCCAAGAGGAAGCUCAUUGCUACCCUUCAGAUCUACAACUCUGAGCUGGAAAAUGAGUUUGGUAAUUUUGAAGACUGGUUGUGUAUUUUCCCUCUGCACCGUGGCAAAGCAAAUGAAGAUGAAGAUGGAAAUGAGGAUGAACAUUUAGUGGGGAAGUACAAGGGAUCCUUCUAUGUAUACCCCACUGAGGAAGCUGGCCCGGAGCCCAAGGUCUCCCGGGGCGUUCCAAGGAACAGACCCAUCAAGGUUCUUGUAAGAGUUUACAUCGUUAAGGCUACGAACCUGUCCCCAGCAGACCCCAAUGGCAAGGCAGAUCCCUACGUGGUGGUGUCUGUGGGGCGGGAGCAGAAGGACACAAAGGAGCGAUACAUCCCGAAGCAGCUCAAUCCUGUGUUUGGAGAAGUUGUGGAGCUGACAGUCUCCUUCCCCACGGAAUCAGAACUCACUGUGGCAAUAUUUGAUCAUGAUUUGGUUGGAUCUGAUGAUCUGAUUGGAGAGACCAAGAUUGAUUUGGAGAAUCGAUUCUACAGCAAGCACAGAGCCAACUGUGGAGUGGCUGCUCAGUAUGAUGUAAACGGCUACAACAUGUGGCGAGAUGCUUUCAAACCCACACAGAUCUUGGAUAGUUUAUGCAAGAAAAACUCACUCCCUGCUGCAGAGUACAGACGGGAGGAGGUCAAAGUGGACAACAAAAUAUUCAAGGUUCCUCCAGAGGCUUUUCCUGAAGAGGCCUCUGUGAGGAACACGAGAGGAGUGGCAGAUGAGGACUGGUCAGUGGACGAUGAACACAAGGCUUUGUAUGUCCUGCAGCACUGGGAGGAGAUGCCAGGGUAUGGGUACAAGCUGGUGCCAGAGCAUGUGGAGAUCCGGUCUUUGUACAACCCGGGGAACCCUGGGCUUGCACAGGGCUCCUUGCACAUGUGGAUUGACAUGUUUCCAAAUGAUGUCCCUGCACCACCACCUGUCAACAUCAAGCCACGACUGCCUGUCAGCUAUGAGCUGCGCGUGAUUAUCUGGAAUACGGAUGAUGUGAUCCUUGACGAUGUCAACCCAGUGACGGGAGAGCCUUCCAGUGACAUCUAUGUGAAAAGCUGGAUAAAGGGUCUUGACCAUGACAAGCAGGAGACGGAUGUUCACUUUAACUCCUUGACUGGGGAGGGCAAUUUCAACUGGAGGUUCAUCUUUCGCUUCAACUACCUCCCAACCGAGAAGGAGAUCACUUACAAGAAGAAGGACUCUGUCUUCUCUGUGGAGGAAUCGGAGUUCCGGGAGCCAGCUGUUCUGGUCCUCCAGGUCUGGGAUUACGACAGGAUUUCAGCUAAUGACUUUCUAGGCUCCAUCGAGCUGAAGCUGCAUGACAUGGUGAGGGCAGCCAAGAGCUCUGAGCAUUGCACCAUCAAGAUGGCCAAGGAGAACGCAACACCUCGCUUCUCCAUCUUCCGAAACAAGCGCACGAGGGGCUGGUGGCCCUUCAUCAAACUCAAAGAAGAUGAGGAAAGAGAGGAGGGGGAGUACAAGAAGAAGAAGAAGAAGAAAAAGAAGUGGAGCAGCUCAGUCAAACCAGAGGACGUGGAAUUCACAGACUCCAGUGGGAACAAGUACCUGCUGACGGGUAAGGUGGAAGCAGAGUUCCAGCUGCUGACUGUGGAGGAGGCUGAGAAAAGUCCUGUUGGCUUGGGUCGAAAGGAGCCUGAACCCCUGGAAAAGCCCAACCGGCCCAAAACUUCUUUCAACUGGUUUGUGAAUCCCAUGAAGACCUUUGUGUUUUUUAUCUGGAAGAGGUACAAGAAAUACAUAAUUGUGCUGUUCAUUGUCACUGUUCUGACUAUCUUCCUGGUUCUUUUGAUUUACACCAUGCCUGGAUACAUCAGUGAGAAGAUCAUCAAUGGAUAA